GUUAGCAUCAAUUUCGGUUAUCAUAUAAAAAUUGAGGAAAGGAUUGCAGCGGAUACCCUUUGGGCUAGUCACCUGGCUUCUGAUGGUUACCCCGUCUUCGAUAGCUUGCUAACGUUGAUGGGACUCGAUUGUCUAGAUGUUAGAGAGUCUAACAUGUAUGCGAGUGUUUGGGUGUUAAAACCCGUAACGCGUAAUGAAAGUAAUACUGAUGGUGAACUAUGCCUGAAUAGGGUGAAGCCAGAGGAAACUCUGGUGGAAGCUCGUAGCGGUUCUGACGUGCAAAUCGAUCGUCAAAUUUGGCAGAAACUCGUUAAACAGUUUUAUGAGGUAAAGCGAAUGAUUAGAGGCCUUAGGGUUGAAACAGCCUUAACCUAUUCUCAAACUUUAAAUAU